ACAAAAAAAAAAGAAAAAAAGAAAAAAAAAGCCUUCCCAUUCCUUUAUAUCUGGAAAAGAACAGAACAUCACAUAGCAUUAGUCGUCUCGUCUCUUACCUCCCUUCGUUACCGGCUCGUAAUCUAAUCCUGACGUGGUCGCUCUCUGUCAGUCCUAUCCACUUUCGAUACAUCCUCAUUUUACGGUUCUCUAACACCGAAUCAUUCUCUUUAUAUCUCUCUCCCGAAGAAGCGAGUAAGAACUAAUUCCGUUUCCUUUUUCAGCUAGAUAUCAACUCCAAUAAAAAUGGAAGUCAGAGGGGGCUGAGACUUGCUAAAGUUCUAUGGCCUUGACUGAAAUUCGGGCAAUGUGUGGAGCAAGAGACUAUUUUAGAGGCUUAAAGAACAGUCUGCAUAAAACAACCGAAAGGGACUACUUUAAGAGCAGAAUUUCUGGUAUGGAAUAUGAAUCAGACUGGACAAGACACAGGAAAUCAUCAGCGUUUAAUGCUCAAGCUGUUUGUUCUGCAACAUUUUUUAUGCCUUGGACAUGUAAAAUUCCUAUAGGUGAUGGUUAUCAUGAAUUUCUUUAAUCGAACAUCUGUCAUUUGAAAGUCUUAAUACUUUUUAGGGAGAUAUAGUAGAUUGAACACAAUACUCAUCUACAUAUCUCUUCAUUUCCUGAAAAUGCCGGGUUUUGUGAGUGGAAAGAAGAGAUUAGCAGAGAUGGAUAUGUCUUUCUUCACUUCACUUGCGCAAGAUAAGCCAACUCGUUCGAAGAGCAACCUUCAAUUAGCUUCUCAGGUUGCUAACGAUGUUGACAGCCCCAUUCUUCCUGGGCUGCCUGAUGAUGUGGCAAAGUAUUGCCUUGCACUCGUUCCUCGUCCGAAUUUUCCAGCUAUGGGAGCUGUCUGCAAGAAAUGGAGAUCAUUUAUUAGAAGCAAAGAAUUCCUUGUUGUGAGAAAAUUGGCUGGGUUGCUUGAGGAAUGGCUAUAUGUCCUAACUAUGGAUUCUGAAGGAAAAGAAAGCCAUUGGGAGGUUUUGGAUUGCUUGGGACACAGACAUCAGCUUCUUCCAUCAAUGCCUGGUUCUAUGAAGGCUGGGUUCGGGGUGGUGGUUCUCAAUGGAAAGCUUGUUGUCAUGGCUGGCUAUUCAGCUCUUGACGGGACUGUUUCUGCCUCAUCUGAUGUUUAUGAAUAUGAUUCUUGCCUCAACAGUUGGAGCAAAUUGCCAAACAUGAAUGUUGCACGCUAUGAUUUUGCAUGUGCAGAGGUUAACGGCAAAGUUUAUGCUGUUGGAGGCUAUGGGAUAGAUGGUGAUAGUCUCUCAAGUGCUGAGAUGUAUGACCCUGACACAGAAAAAUGGACCCUGAUAGAGAGUCUUCGCCGCCCAAGGUGGGGUUGCUUUGCUUGUAGCUUCGAAGGGAAGCUUUAUGUCAUGGGAGGAAGGUCAAGCUUCACCAUUGGCAAUUCAAAGUUUGUUGACGUGUACAAUCCUGAGAGGCACUCUUGGUGUGAGAUUAAGAAUGGUUGUGUCAUGGUUACUGCUCAUGCUGUACUGGGAAAGAAGCUCUUCUGUAUGGAGUGGAAGAAUCAGCGGAAACUGGCUAUAUUCAAUCCGGAGGACAAUUCAUGGAAAAUGGUUCCAGUUCCAUUGACUGGUAGCACGAACAUCGGUUUUCGGUUUGGAAUACUUGAUGGGAAACUAUUACUAUUCUCACUAGAGGAAACACCGGGUUAUCGUACGUUGUUGUAUGAUCCUAAUGCUUCUCCGGGUUCAGAGUGGCAGACUUCUGAAAUAAAGCCGUCUGGACUGUGCUUGUGCAGUGUGACUAUCAAGGCAUGAAAUGGUGCAUGCAUUAUCCAGGAAUACUACAGAUUUAUGUUUGCAUUUUAACUUUCUGGAUUUUCAGUUUCAUUAAUUUGUCAUAUUUCAUUCAUUGUGGAGUAUUCAUCAGUCUCUAAUUCUUAAUUGCUCGUCAACUAUUUAUGCAUGGGAUAUGCUUUAGGAUUGUUGGAGAGGGAAUUAGCUUGUGCCUUGUACAAGGUAACCUGAACUUGCCACUGUAAUUGUUGCCUUUUGGAAUGGUAUCUUUUUUGCAGUUCUAAGAUGAAAAUUUCUUUCCUUUA